GAUGAGGCUGUAGUUCAGUCAGUCCCCGCAGCGGAGCUGAGCACAGAGGAGCGGGAUGGAGCUGUGCGUCUAACCGGGGCUCUCCUUCUUCUCUCCGCCAUGACUUUAUCUCCCCUCCGAGCUGUUUGUCUCACAGCGGAGGAAUUUCCCCGUCAACAUUUCUCCUAAAUAACGGGUCGCGGAGACUAGUUGCCGCUUCUCCUCUCAUCACCUGCGCUUUGCCUUUUUUUUUUUUUUUGUGCGGACCAUCCCGGAGCGGAGACAGAGACGGAGACUUUAGUCCGGGAGAAAAGUUACCCGUGUGGGAUGUUUGAACUUUGGCUUUCGCCCUGCAGCGUCUAGCAUGCUGCCUGGGGAGUUUGAUGCUGCUGGUUGCGCAGAUUUCUCCCCAUAGAUUGGAGAUCGUUUGGACUCCUUUUGGAUAUAGGGUCGCUGCUGCUGAACAGCCGCACUGUACAUCCCACAGUGUGCAUGCUCUGAGGACUGUCAGCAGCCUGGUCUACCUAUGAAGAAUCUCAGCACAUGAUGGAGAGCAGCCUGCUUUUGGUUCCUGUGCUGAUUUUUUUUGCUCUGGAAACUUUGGCGUCUGGAUCUCGCCCCAGGUUGGAGGAUGCUGCUCCUCGGGUCAUCGAGCAUCCGUCCGAUUUGAUCGUGUCCAAGGGAGAACCGGCGACCCUCAACUGCAAGGCUGAGGGGCGGCCCACGCCCACCGUGGAGUGGUACAAAGACGGCGAGCGGGUGGAGACGGAUCGAGAGGACCCUCGCUCCCACCGCAUGCUGCUGCCCAGCGGCUCGCUCUUCUUCCUGCGAAUCGUCCACGGGCGGCGAAGCAAACCGGACGAAGGCGUCUACGUCUGCGUGGCGCGCAACUACCUGGGCGAGGCCGUCAGCCGCAACGCGUCGCUGGAGGUGGCGAUUCUGAGAGAUGACUUCCGUCAGACACCCAGUGAUGUGGUGGUUGCCGCAGGCGAGCCCGCUGUCAUGGAGUGCAUCCCACCCAGAGGCCAUCCUGAACCCACCAUCUCCUGGAAGAGAAACAACAUCCGAGUCAACGAUCGCGAUGAAAGGAUCACUAUCCGAGGAGGAAAGCUGAUGAUUUCAAACACCAGAAAGAGUGACGCUGGCAUGUAUGUGUGCGUGGGAACAAACAUGGUUGGUGAGAAAGACAGCGAUCCAGCAGAACUCGUCGUAUUUGAGAGGCCCGUCUUCACCAAACAACCAGUGAACCAGGUGGUGUUGGCUGACGAUACGGUGGAGUUCUUCUGCGAGGUACAUGGAGAUCCCACUCCGACUGUCCGCUGGCGGAGGGAAGAGGGAGAGUUGCCCCGGGGCAGGUUUGAGAUCCGCAGCGACAACAGUCUCCGUCUGAGCCAGGUGCGAGCUGAGGACGAGGGCACCUACACCUGUGUGUCAGAGAACAGCGUGGGCAAAGCGGAGGCCUCUGGAACCCUCCACGUACACGUUGGCCACUCAUUUCCUCCUCAGAUCGUCGUCCGGCCACGGGACCAGAUCACAGCUCCGGGUCGGACCGUAACCUUCCUCUGUGGCACCAAGGGAAACCCUCCGCCUGCAGUCUUCUGGCAAAAAGAAGGCAGCCAGAUCCUGCUGUUCCCCAUCCAGGAGCCUUCUCAGUCAAGUCGUUUCUCUGUGUCUCUGAGCGGCGAGCUCACCAUCGCUGACGUGCAAGUGGCAGACUCUGGCUACUACAUCUGCCAGGCCAUCAGCGUGGCCGGCAGCAUCCUGACUAAAGCCCUGCUGGAGGUGGAAAGUGCACCCUCAGACAGGGUCCCUCCCAUCAUCCGACAGGGGCCAGGCAAUCACACUCUAGCUCCCGGUUCAACCGCUCAGCUGCACUGCCACGUCAUGGGCAACCCCAUCCCCAGCAUUCAAUGGGAGAAGGAUGGCCAGAGGAUUCUGGGAAACGACGGACGAGUCAGCCUGAUGGAAAAUGGUACCUUUCAAAUCACCCGCCUCCAGGAAACGGAUUCUGGAGUUUACACCUGCCUGGCUUCCAGCUCCAGCGGAGAGACGAGUUGGAGUGGCGUGCUCACAGUCAAAGAGAGCGCCGACACGUCGGUCGCUCAGGCCACCGAGCCCUUCCAGCUGCCGGGCCCGCCCCACAAGCCCAUCGUCACAGAUGUGUCCAAGAACAGCGUCUCUCUGACCUGGCAACCCAACGCUCACGAGGGCGGAGCUGCUGUCACCUCCUACAUCAUUGAGGCCUUCAGUCAAUCAGCAGGCAGCACAUGGCAGACUGUAGCAGACAUGGUGAAGAUGGAAACACACACCAUCACAGGCCUUCUUCCCAACACCGUCUACCUGUUCAUCGUCCGAGCGGUCAACGCCUACGGCCUGAGCGACCCCAGCCCCAUCUCUGAGCCGGUCAGGACGCAGGACGUGAGUCCCACGGGUCAAGGGGUGGACCACCGGCAGGUGCAGAGAGAGCUGGGAGAGGUGGCUGUCCAGCUGCAGGACCCCGUCAUGCUCACUUCGACCUCCAUCCGAGUGUCCUGGACGGUGGACCGCCAGUCUCCAUACGUCCAGGGCUACCGCCUGUUCUACCGCCCCAGUGGGGGAACCUGGCUCCUCCAGGACAUCAACUCACCCUCAGAGCGCAGCACUGUCCUCACGGGCAUGCUCAAAGGAACUGAGUACGAGAUAAAGAUCCGUCCGUACUUCGACGAAUUCCAGGGCAAGGACAGCCGAACGCUGCUGAUCCGAACUCGAGAAGAAGUCCCCAGUGCGCCGCCCAGAGGAGUUACAGUGGCAACAGUGAAGCUCAGCAACAGUUCCAGCAUCAGCGUCACCUGGGAGCCUCCACCCAGCAACAUGCAGAACGGCAUCAUCCAGGAGUACCGGGUUUGGUGCGUGGGCAGCGGCGGUGAUAACCAGACGCGCUACUUCGUCAACCGGACAGUGGACGGGACCACGCAGUCCACAGUGCUGAAGGGCCUCAUUCCCGGCGUGCUCUACCAGGUGGAGGUGGCGGCGGUGACGGGCGCUGGCGUUGGCACUCGCAGUCAUCCGGUGUCUGUUCUCAUCAAGCUGCCAGCUGAAGAGCCGACUGCGUCAGGCGGCGGCGGCGGUGGGAACGGCGAAGAGGGCAGCGUGAGCCUGGCCGAGCAGAUCACUGAUGUGGUCAAGCAGCCGGCGUUCAUCGCGGGCAUCGGCGGCGCCUGCUGGGUCAUCCUCAUGGGCUUCAGCCUGUGGAUCUACUGCCGCCGCAAGAAGAGGAAGGAGCUGAGCCACUACACGGCGUCCUUCGCCUACACACCGGCAGUGGGGUUCCCUCAUGCUGAGGCAUCAGGACUCACUGGAAGGCCUGGCGUGUUGGGGGGCAACAUGGGCAACUACCCGUGGCUGGCAGACUCCUGGCCCACCACCAACCUGGUCCACAGCAGCAAGGAGGCCGUCAACUGCUGCACGGCCAAUCACGACCCAGCUGAGAGAUACUACAACGAAGCUGGGAUCUCCAACUAUCUGAAUCAGACGGAGAAGUACAGCAUGGGGGGUUCCACGGAGGGUCCCAUCUACAGCACCAUCGAUGCCACCAGCGAGGACCUGCACAGCUUCACCUACGGCCAGAAUGUCUCCACCACCCCUUACGCCACCACCUCCAUCAUGCCCUUCUCCAGUCAGCCACAGGGGGCAACGUUUAGCGGGGAGCAGCAGGACGAAGGGCACUGGAUCACCCAGCCCGGCCCGUCCCAGCCUGCUCAGUACGCACAGCCGGAUCGCUGCGCUGGUAAGCCCAAGCAGAAGGCGAUGGGGAAGGCGGUGAAGACCCCGUCUCUGACGUGGAUGGAGGCUUUGCCCCCGCCUCCACCAGUUGGCGAGCUGGACCAGUGUGAGCAAGACGGCCAGCUCCAGCAUGACGACAUGGACAUGGGGUCGGACGAGGAGUGGUGUCCGCCCCUUCCUGAGAGGACGUACCUGAUGGAAGGCUGCGAGGACGGCCCCGCUCCCCCUCAGAGGAACAUCACGUCCUCGCCAGCCACCUCCUACAGCCACCAGUCCACCGCUACCCUGACUCCUUCGCCCCACGAGGAAGCCAGAGCCCCCGCUGACCAGCAGCUGGCACGCAGAAGGUUACCCUGCGGUCCAGUUCCAGUUCCCCAGGCACCAAGCCCGCCACUCACCCAGUCCAACCCCAGCCUCUGCGGCCAACAGCUUCUCGGCUCAACAGAGGCUGGCACGCUGCAGUUCCAAAGUCCCGCCCACUGCUGCCUUCAUGGCCAGGCGCCGGCAGCGAAUGAAGACGGCGCAUCUACGCCUGUGCACAGCCGCUCCUCUCCAGCAGAAACCUGCACUCCUCCCAACCAAAGGUCCAGAGUGAAGAAAAAGGCGUCCAAGACCUCAGCGUACAGAAGAGAUAUUCAAGGAGACCUGCCCCCACCUCCGGAGCCCCCCCCAGAGGAGAACAGGCUUCAGGGCCCCCAGGGGUGUGUGGAGACCAGCAGCUUGGCAAACAGCGCCCUGUCCUCCCUGGAGAGGAGCGACUACAGCAGCAACAGCCACCAGCGGAAAGGCUCGGGACAAAAACAUGCAGACAAUGAGGAAGUGGUGGCGUACAGCGGUAAGAGCGGCUACCUCUCCAGGAGUCAGAUGUCCGGUAACUGCUCGACCACGGGGAGCUCCUCUUCCAGAGGCUCCACCGGCUCUCGGGGGCUCGGCUCAGCCAGGAAACACAACGAGGAAAUGAGAUAAGGAGCUCUGUGAAGCUGUCAGGAUACCUGCGAUGCCUCCAUCAGCCCCCCCUCAUCUUUUCACCACCGACACACCGGGCUAAAGACGAGGAGACGCUACCAGUUCCCAUCAAGCUACACUUAUUGCUGUGAAAUAAGUAAAAAAACGGACUUUUGGUAUUACUAUAAUUAUUUAUGAGUUUGAGUUCACUCAUUUUCCUUACUUUGUAAAUACCUGUCUGUAAUGUUCUUUUGUGAGCUCUGGAUACAGGGAGAGAGACGUAUAUUGUAUUUAUGAUGAUCAAACAAAACAAAACAAAAAAAAUCAAAGAAUUAAAAAAAAAAAAAAGUCUGUUCUUAUGGAAAACGUCUUCUUGAAUGUGCCAACUUUUUUUUGUCAAUAUGUAAACUUUUAGGGAAAAGCAUUAACUACUGUUGCACUCUUGUUGUCAUGGCAAAACAACAGAAAAUAAGAAGCACAAAAUGUGUUUGCUGGUCGAGGAGAGAAGUUGGAAAAGCCAAAAACAACCCGGAGGGACGCCUGUUGCCCCGAGCGCCUCCCUGUCGGGAUCCCUGCAUCCUAGGUGUCCGUUACGAAUGUCAUACUUCUCUAUGAUUCCUUUGGUUUUUCUGCAGCACUGUGCUGGCUGACUGACAGGCUUUAUGAAAGUUUGAUUGUACCCCCUCUUGUACGACCGCCAACUCAACCCUUCCCCUUUUUACAUCCGAGAGACCGUUUGCUGCAGUUCUGAAAAUAAAUUUUCUUAUUCUCCUUCUGAAACAAAAAAUUGUCUGUGGGCUGACUUUUUGUACUCUUGUUGUUUUGUAAAUGUACAAUAAAAAUACAUUUGCUGAUCAAGA